UGGCAUUUUCUGAAUGGAGUUGCGGGGAUAGUGGCUUUAUCAGUCUGAGGGAGGAUGAGCAGGGAGUUGCUGGCCAGGCAUUUGUACCGGGCCAUAGAGGACGAGGAUGCUGUUUCUUUAGAAAGGUGGUUGAAGGAGAGCGCUGACCCCAAUCUGGUCUUACCUGAUGGAGUAGCAGCUGUUCAUCUAGCAUCUGGGAAGGACACAGAAGGUGGAAUUCGAUGUUUAAAACUACUUCUUCAGCACGGGGCAAAUCCGAAUGUCAGAUCUACAGAAGAUCUCACUCCAUUGCAUGUAGCUGCCUCCUGGGGGUGUGUCAAGAGUUUGAAACUGUUGCUCAGGAGUGGAGCAGACCCGACUCUCCAGGACCAGGAUGGAUUGACGGCCCAGGAUUUAGCUGACGAGCAAGGAAAUGUGAAAUGCCGUCAGAUUCUGCAGGAGUAUUACAAUGACAGUCUGCUGGAGAAUACAGAGGAGGAGCCUCCCAUGUACCAAUAUGUGUCCUAUCGAAGAGUCAGCACUGGAUUCCAUUUCUUCCCUGAUCUAGUUGAGUUUGGCAUCACAGAGAGCCACACGACUGGCCCACGACCUGGACGAAGUAACAAAUCUCAUUCAGUCCACCGAACCCAGCAACCCUCAACUCUCGAACAGUCGGGCCUCAAUGCCAGUGGCCCAAGUGCAAUUGGUGACAGACUGCAUAGCCACCCGAUGGAAAUAAAUCCAAGGUGUGGUCCUUUAGGAGACGACACAUCGAUCUGGUCUGAGUCACUGAGGCCCCAAUCUCUAUCAGGAACAAUGAAGCCACAGGGACUAGGGCAUCAUAUGGGUAUAGCUGAGGACAAGAGUAAAUAUCACACCGUUGGUGAAACUAUGGACGUAACCCUUGAUGACUGUAUAUUGUCAAGCACUCAUGUGGAGACCUAUGGAAAGUUUGUAGAGCUGAGCUCAAAUGAAUUGAGUUCUGCGACUGACUGCACUGAGUACCAUACAUCAGUUGGCCAAGAGCUACCCCUUCAGGACGAUGAGAGCUUUUCUUUUGUGUCUGCUCCCCAGCCGCCUCAAGCUCUAGGCCACAGGCUGAACGUCUCCAUUGAUGAUGAGAGCUUUUUGCCUCCAUCAGCCUCUCAACAGUGUCCAGCUGAGAACUACAGACUGAAUAGCUCAACCAAUCAUCUCCCACAAAACAAACACUUCCUCAUUGAACCCCUCUGUGCCCAGCGUGGCCUGUAUGAAGAGAAGGAAGUCUUUAAAGAUGGUGAUGUCUCCGUUAUCGCCGAAUGGCUCUCUGAAUUGGAUUGUAGUUGCACUUUGGAGGAAAGACCUGGGUCCAGCGAAUCUCUGUCAAGCACUAAGCUCAGUCUUGCCAAACAGGCAGAAUUUUGUGAUUCUGAGCUUUUAAUAAGACCAUCUAAACGACAAGGCAUUGACAUAACCUCGCCAGAUCACAUCUACCUCUUUGAACACACACAUUUGACAACUCAACACGAACUGGAUAAAACCACUGCGGUUCUCUUGGAGGAUACCUUAAGCUGUACCAUGGAGAUAGUCGAUGCUGGGUCUCCUCUCAGCGCUAACAGUGCCCAACAUAACGGAGGUGAUCCGAAAGCUUCAACCUCCAUUUCUGACUCAAGCAGCACUCUCUACUGUAGCUGUGAAAGUGGGUCUGAGUGUUUCCCUAAUGCAGCUGGAAUGUUUGAACGAGCACGUCGAACAGAGCAAGUUCAGGCAGACACAGGACCUUGUUUGGCCCGGGAAACUCAGAAGCAGGAAGAACCUGAACCAGUUUCAGCGUGUACUGGUGAGGUUGCAGCAGUCGGCAUCCAUGUGGUACACUCCAGAGAUUUGCAGACUAUUCCUUUUGAAGACUCCCAGUUCAUCAUCAGGAGAAUGUGUAGAGACAGUCCUUUGCGAACGGACAGCGAGGGACCCCAGUGUCGCACUCCAAGGCAGUGCAAUGACUCCAAUAAAGGUCAUCUGUACACUCACACCAGCACAGACUGUAGUGACAUCCUGCAGAGCUCACAGGCAGAGCCUGUGUAUGUGAACAGCUGUGAUAAUGAGAAACAGACAACUGUAGCCAAAAGUAGCCUGAAACAGUUGGUGAAUCUCAAUAAUGAGAUUGGAUCAAGCCUGGAUGUGUUAUCUGCCAUGAAUGCAAACAUCCACAAUCACAAGAUAGAGCAUUUUAUGGCAGAGGCUCCCUCAGACCAUAUGGAGGAUGAGGAUUUUCUGGGUUUAUUGAGACCAUCUGCCAAGCAAUCCUCAUCUUCCACUGUCCCAAUGGAUAAAGCCAACCUGCAAAUACUACAUAGGGGUUCUGCUUCCACUGACAGUGACAUUAGAAACAAAACCAAAAUGAGCCUAACUGAGGAAUGUUCAUCAGCUGGGGGUGAGAAAGAAGAUGGUGGCGCAGGGUUGGAAAAAUUAUUGCAGGACAUCAAGUUGGGAAAUGAGACGGGGCUGUCUGUGCAAAUCGGUGGCGACGGAUUGUCACCUUUUGUUACCCCACGCACCAAGAGUCGAUUAGCCAACUCCGCAUCCAGGAGCUACAAUUCCUCACUUUUUGAGCAAACCAUUGUCACGCCAACAAGAGUUCGCCGAGUCCGCAAGCAGCAAAUGGUAGAUGCAAGAAGUCCAUUUGGCGCUCUCGGCCAUGGUGGCGCAGUUUGCCAGGGCGUAGAGGAUGAAGAUGAAACUUGUUCCUUUGCUCACAGUCGAGAUGAUGAAACAGCAGAUUUCGACACAGUCCCCUUCGUUCGAUGGAAUAAUAACGAGAAAGAGACUGUUCAGCCAUUGGCCCCUGGAUGCUCCGAGCAGGGAGAUGCAGACUUUGACACUGUGCCAUUCCCAAAUCCUAAUUGUGAGAAACAAACAAGCCGAUCUCCAUCCCCAAUGGAUGAUGCAAACAGCAACAAACAGUGUAUCCACAUAAACCGUCAAAUGAAUGCCAGUAGCAGAAGCCAAACAGUACCACUUCCUAAAAACCUUGAGCAGGGAGGCAUCAGCCAAGAUGAUUGCUUUUGCCCACCUAUGAGGCAACAAGAGGUUGCCCAUCCCAACGUAAGAGUCAAUUAUGUCAGCCGAAGGAGGUCCUGUAACUCUUCAGAAAAUAAUGACUUGCAAAGCGAGCUGGGAAUAUUGAAGGAGGGACACGGAGUGAAUGGUGCUGCAGAGUUGUCCUGUGCUCUCCCACAAUCUCCUUCUCCGUGUCCUAGUCCGGUGCUGUUAGCUGUUGACCCCGAGACUGACAGCAGUGACCGUCCUCUAGACAGCAAGGUGUGUGAAAGCACAAGGCUGGAGGACACCGGUUUGCCCCAGGGAACUCCAGGCCAAAGGUGUAGCUUCUCCAGGUGGCCUGGCGCAGGGCGGCUUUCAAAAAUACCCAACCACGAUGGGGAAUGGCAGAGCCUCAUGGGCGACCUGGAGCUGCAACUUUCGCCUGGUGGCCGCCCGGUUAAUGGCGGUGAAAGUGAGAUGGUGGAGUAUCUGUACACUGACACCGAGGAGGGUCACACUUUCAUAGAGCGCCGUUACCCUUGUACAGAUGUGAGUGUUGAGAACCUGAGCACUUCAGGCUCUGAGGAGACUGUCAUCUAUGACUGGAGGGCCUACAAGAACGGUGAUGUGCUGCGUCCUGAGGAGAAAGAAAACGAACUGCCAAAAUUGUCCCCCCGCCUCCAACUCCUAUCCAACAGUCAGAUACGAAGGCAGCUUAAAGACUAUGGAGAAGACCCUGGACCAGUGACAGACUUCACCAGGAAGGUUUAUCUGCAUUCUCUGAACAAGAUCAGAAAGGACCCCUUCUCCAAGAAGCCACAACAGCCAACAAGUUACAGUCCAGAGCUGUGUCGGAGUUUGGAAACAUUCGUCUUCCCAGAUUGCAGUCAGGAUGAACUAGCUUUAGUGCAGCAAUUUGAGCAGCCAGACCAGAACCGGAAAUGGAGGGAGGGCCUCCUCAAAUCCAGCUUCAAUUACUUGCUCCUUGAUCCCAGGGUCACGAAGAACCUGCCCAUUCGGUGUCACACUCUGAGCUCUGCUGAAUGUUUCCGCACCUUUGUCAGCUCUAUCUUCUAUGUGGGAAAAGGGAAACGCUCCAGACCAUACUGUCACCUCUAUGACGCACUCACACACUUUAAAAACAUCAAUGAUCAGGUGAGUGCAAAACUGAAGCAGAUUCUGGAUAUCUGGGAGAGUGGCCUGGGGGUGAUUUCUCUGCAUUGUUUCCAGAAUGUUAUUCCUGUCGAGGCAUACACCAGGGAGGCAUGCAUGGUAGAUGCACUGGGCCUGCAGAUGUUGACAAACAAGAAGCGGGGCGAUUAUUAUGGCAUCGCUGCCACCUGGCCGCUGAGAAAGCGGAGACUGUUGGGGGUCCACAUGCUCCGCCGGGCGCUGCAGAUCUUCCUGGCGGAAGGGGAACGGCAGCUGCGCCCAGCCGAUAUUCGGUCAGGGCAGUGACGAGCCAGGGCACGGCUCAGACUGACCCCUGACCCUGGCAACACGCGACAAACCCCAACAUCCAAGCGGAAGAUCUUGCGUGCACUGUCCUCGUCAGUCGAGUAGCAUGUGCUGGUUUCGGUGCCCACCCCCUGCUUUCAGUAGAUCGAUGUCCAACCAUUUUGCUUGGUGUGCCAGCGUUCCACAGAACCACACUGUGAGCAUUCCCGCAUGGGUGCCACCUGUUUCUGAUCGUGGGCAUUGGUGCCCUUUGGAAGAGAAGGUGGUAUUAUUCCAACCCACAUGUCCACAAAGGACAGCAACAAGGACUACUGGCAGAAAGGUCACCACCCAGCGACUCAUUUGCACCUCCUGCAGGUGUGUUUGAGCGUUGCAUUGCAGAAACAUUGCGUUCAGUUGGAUGGACAGCUGCACUUUUCAUAAAACUCUCCAGAAGGGACGUAAAUUGUAAAGAUGCAAUCUCUGCUUGAAAAAUAUUCUGAACAAUUAUCCUUUAUAUUCAAAACUACAAUUAUCUCCCAACUAAACUUUCUCAAUCCUGUGAUCUCUUGAAAAGCUUGUAGCAGUCAAAAUAUGUUCCUGAUUAACAUGUCAUACCAAUCCAUAUACAGGGGCUCCGAGGGGGGAAUGGGGCAGAAAUGUCCCUGCCUUUCCCUCACUGGAUGAUCCACGAUUGAGGAAUAUUGGUCUUGGGAAAUAGGUGAAAAUUUCUUCAUCAUGCUAUCAUGGUGAGUUAGGUUCAAGGUGUAAUUUUGCCUAAUCCAUCUCUUUUUAAGACAUCUUUUUAAUACUGAUUUUAAAAUGCAGUCUUCUGCUGACCUCUGGAGGGCGUUGUUUGAGGAGUUCCUGACCAGGUUGGUGUCUGGCAUGAAAAGGUUCUGCUGUGUGCUCCAGGUACCAAUGUCUGGGCAUUCCCUCGCAUCCUUGGAGUCCGUAACUCCACAAAAUGAUUUCUCCCCACAAUCUGACCAGGACUAAAUGGAUUACAUUUCUGUUUUAAGAUUAAUAAGUGCAAUUGUUGAUGGCCUGGACCCAACUGGCAUUGCAGGUUUUGGGAAUUUCACCAUGGUGGGUCAGGACAGCAUAUUGAGUGAAACCUGGUGAUUUGUGGCCUGUCAACAAAAGGAAAUAACCAUGAGAGGUUUUAUGAAAAAAAAGUAUGUUUACACAGUGUGUAAUGAUGUGAAAAUCCAAUGCCCCAAUAAUAAUUUUCAAAAAGGGGAGUAGUCGCAUAAGCACUUGAAGAUGGAGUAUUUGUAAGGCCACUCAAAUUGGACUGAUUGGAUCCUUUCUUAAGUGCCAACAGAAACCUAAAGGGCCCAAUGACCAUUUUCUGUGCCACACCAUGCCUUGCGGAUAGUGUGCAGCUUGUGGUAUAAGAAGAUCCAUGAUCUAUUGAAUGGCAGAACAUGAUCAAGGGGCUGAAUGGCCUAUUUCUGCUUCUAUUUUCUCUGAUUCUAACAUCCUCUAGGGAAGAAGCCGCCAUGAGUUGCUGCACUGCACAUUACAGCUGGUACACAUUGCCACUUUGGGGUUGGUUAAGAGAGUGAUUGUUAAAGGUCGUGAAUGGGUGCCAGACAAGUGGAGAGUAUCCCCUCACAGCCCUGACUUAUGCCAUAUAGGUGCUGGACUAGAGCUGAAUUCCUCACCACAGAAUUUCCAUUCCCUAACCUUCUCUUAUAGCAAAGGUAUUGACAUAACUACUCCAGUUCAGUUCCAGAUCAAUGGUAACCCCUCGGUUACAUCAAUGAGAUGGUAAUCUCAAUGAAAUGCAAGAGGACAUGGUCAUAUUCUCUCCUGUUGGAGAUGGUCAUUGCCUGGUACUUGUGUGGUGCAAAUGUUAUUUUCCACUUACAAGCUCAAGCCUGGAUAUCGUUCAGAUCUUGUUACAUCUUGAAUCUCAUGAGUUGCAAAUGGUGUCGGACAUUGUGCAAUCAGCAGUAAACAUCCCCACUUCUGACCAUAUGAAGGAGGGACAAACAUUGAAACAGCAGAAGAAAGCUAGGCUCGUACACUACCCUGGAACUCCUGCAGAGAUGUCCUGGAGCUGACACGAUUGAUCUCCAGCAACCACAACCCAUCUUCCUAUGGGUCAGGUAUGACUGCAGCCAGUGGAGUAUUUUUCUGUCUGCCCUGCUUCAAUGGGGCGGUAACUGAUCAGAUUUUAUUUUUCCUGCUUUUGUCAAUGAAACGUAGCUGGGCAAUUUUGCACGUUGCUAAAUAAUGUACUGGAACAACCUAAAUGUGGUCAGAGUA